GGCCACCUGGAGGGCGCGUCCCGGGGCGCAGGCGCUGCAAGACGGGGCGCUCGGCCUCAGAGGCCGGGUGCACUUGGCCGUGGCCGCUGUCUCGGGCACUAAAGCCACAGUCUGCGCCGGUUCAGGGCGCCCUCCCAUUCCAGCCCCAAAGCCGCCGGGGGUGCGGCUGGCAAAGCCACCCAUCCUAGAGGGCCCUGGAUGGAAAUUUGGAAGAAAGCCUGGUCCAGUCUGGAGGCCGAGGGCCCUCCGGGCUUCGGAAGGACGUCUAGGCGAACGCUGGACGUUGUGGACGGUCCGUAAAAGGGUGGGAAAGAACAGAAUCUAUUACCACCCAGUCCUUCUCUAGAGACCUCUGCAGCAGAAAGGCUCCGGAGUGAGCGUCCCCACGUCCCAACCCUGGCCCUCCCGGCGUCCAAGGCCCACCUGAAUGAUUACAAAGCCAUGUACUCAAACCAACUCACCUGACUGCCUCCCAAAAAAUGGUGUCCAGUUUUCAGAGUUGUUAAAGUCACUCCAACCUCUAGGGUCCUCCAGGUCCUAGUCCUGCAGGGACAUGCCAAAGCCCCGAGGGCAGAAGAUUGCAGUCUGAGAAAGACCACGCAAUUGCCAAGCCUCUCAUUGGAGAUUCUGGCAAUUUCCUCACCAGAAGUGGACAACGCCAGUUGGUCGUGCAUCAUCAUGCCUCAGCAGCUCCUGAUCACCCUGCCCCAGGCCAGUACCUGGGUGAAGUUACACCAUCCAAGGAAGGCCAAGGGGGAGGCGCCCUCAUGGGAGGAUGUGACUAAAAUGUUUGAAGAAGAAGCUCUGCUGUCUCAGGAUGCUGCUGAGACCCAGGAAGAAAGUCUAGAGGAUGAAUUGACCCCUGACCUCCUGACAGCAGAACCCCAGGAACUGUUGACCUUCAAGGACAUAUUUGUGGACUUUACCCAGGAGGAGUGGGGGCAUUUGGCCCCUACUCACCGGAAUUUGUACCGGGAUGUGAUGCUGGAGAACUACAGGAAUCUGGUGUCAGUGGGAUAUCAGUUUUCCAAGCCUAGUGUGAUUUCCCAGUUGGAGAAAGGAGAAGAGCCAUGGAUGAUACAGAAAGAAGGCCCCGGAAAUGAUGUUUCAGACUCAAAGAGUAAAACAGAAACCAAUGAGUCAUCUGCAAAGAAUGACAUUUCCCAGGAACAUUUGUAUCAUGACAUUAUGAUGGAAAGGUUCAUAAGGGAUGAUAUCAUUUAUUCCACAUUGAAAAAAGUUUCCAGAUAUGAUGAUGUGUUAGAAAAGCACCAGGAAACCUGUGGAAGAAAUGUGAGACAAGCCAUUUUGACCCACAAGAAGAGAGUCCAAGAUGUUCACAAAUACGGGAAAACUAUUGUGAGUUCAAAUAUUUUGGAACAGAAGCAUCAUAAAUGUGACACACCUAGAAAGAGGAAAAAAUACAAAUUAGAUUUGAUUAAUCAUCCAAUAAGUUGCAUAAGAGCAAAAAUCUAUGAAUGUAAUAUAUGUGAAAAAAUGUUCAAACAACCCAAUCAUCUUACUGAACACAUGAGAAUUCAUACUGGCGAGAAGCCUUUCAGAUGUAAGGAAUGUGGAAGGGCCUUUAGUCAAAGUGCAUCUCUUAAUACACACCAGAGGAUCCAUACUGGUGAGAAACCCUUCGAAUGUGAGGAGUGUGGCAAAGCCUUCAGACAUCGCUCAUCUCUUAAUCAGCAUCAUAGAACUCACACUGGGGAGAAGCCUUAUGUAUGUGACAAAUGUCAGAAAGCUUUCAGCCAGAACAUUAGCUUGACCCAACAUCUAAAGACUCAUUCUGGAGAGAAACCUUUUACUUGCAACGAAUGUGGGAAAACCUUUCGACAGGUUAGACACCUUAGUGAACACGUAAGAAUUCAUACUGGGGAGAAGCCCUAUGCAUGUACUGCAUGUUGUAAGACCUUUAGUCAUAGAGCAUAUCUAACACAUCACCAGAGAAUACAUACUGGUGAAAGACCCUACAAAUGUAAGGAAUGUGGAAAAGCAUUUAGACAGAGGAUACAUCUUAACAACCAUAAAACUGUCCAUACGGGAGUGAAAGCAUAUGAAUGCAACCGCUGUGGGAAAGCCUACAGGCAUGAUUCAUCCUUUAAGAAACAUCAGAGACAUCACACUGGAGAAAAACCUUACGAAUGUAAUGAAUGUGGAAAAUCCUUCAGCUAUAAUUCAUCACUUAGUCGACACCAUGAAAUACACAGGCGGAAUGCCUUCCGAAGUAAUGUGUAAAAAAAUAUUUAUUUGAUGAGAACAAAAGCCACAUCUGAAUCAGUGAUUCUUAGCUUUAAAAUUUCAGGACUCAAAUAAAUUUGAGAAGUUGAUUUAAUGAUGGUAACUUUAAA